AUGAAGCGCAAACAGUUUAUGAAUUAUGAAAUUCUUAAUAGCAAACGUGAAGCAGGAUCAACAACAACAGGUAUGUCAAGCCUUCCAGAAGAGAUUCUAGUAGAUAUAUUUAUGGAGUUACCAGUGAAAUCCAUCUCGAUCUCUAGGUGCGUAUGCAAGCUUUGGUGUAACCUUCUUUCUAGUCAUAGAUUUAUUAAGCAUCACCUGAUCAAUAAUGCUAUCCAAAAUAAGAACCAUCAUAAAAUCAUGCUUAUUGAUAAUCUCAACUGGUUAGACAGAAAGUAUUUUUCGAUCUACUCGAUGGAGUUUGCUUCAGUAACAUCUUCACCCUUGCCAUCAUUUAGCGGCGCUGUAAAAUUGGAUUGCGCAUUCGAAAACAACAAGGAACAUAAUCAUGUGGAGAUAUUGGGUUCUUGUAAUGGGUUGGUUUGCUUAGGUAUGUACAGCGUUGAAAAACGUUUUGAUUGGGAGUAUAAGUAUCGGAUUUGUAUUUGGAAUCCAUUGACAGGAAAAUAUAAGGAAAUAUUAGCACCAAUAUCCAAUAUUUAUAGGAGAUAUGGGUUCGGUUAUGAUUGUAACAACGACACUUACAAGCUGGUAAGAAUUGGUAAGAACGAAGAAACUGGUAGUAAUGGAAAGCAGGUUUACACAUUAGGAUCAGAUUCAUGGAGCAAAAUGCAAGCAAUUCCAUACUCUUUUCCCCGUAAUCAUUAUCAUAUGAAGGAUGCUGUUUUGCUAUCUAAUGGAGCUCUUCAUUGGUUAGGCAUUAAUACCACUAGAGAAACCUCCAUUAUCAUUGGGAACACUUUUUACAUCAGCUGGGUAUUGGUUGGGUUCAUCCUACGACAGUUAUGGAAUUCCUUUGGAAGUGGAAAUUGA